UCCGGCAACAUCCUAUAAUGGCUAUUCAAGGAAGAAACAAACGGCGCGUUUUCCAACCAAUCCAGCCCUUUGAGGCCUAUAAAAGCCCGGCAUGUUCAGCUCGCUUCCUUACUGCUUGUCUCUCCCCCCCUUCCCUCGAAAAUCCUCCUGUUCAUCUUCCCCUUUGCUUUCAACUGCCCUUUACCAUGGCUCGAGGAAACAAACAGUUUCAAUGCCCGGAGUGCUCCACCAGGGUCUCUCGACAGAAAGAUCUCCAAAGGCACAUGAUGUUACACUCGAAAUCGGAGCAACAGUAAGGAGACAGUACUCUCCCUACCUUUGCUUAUAUUCAUUGUGUGACAGCUGGUAUGCUUGCCCCGACUGCCCGGUGAAGCUUCU